AUGGCACAAAUGCAACCAUGGUUAAUCAUCUUGCUGGUUCUACUGGGCUGUGCAUUGUUCGCCGUCACCAUAGCCGGCUUGGGAAGAAUGUACUUUGGAGACACCAGCGUUACUGUGGAAAGCCGACCUUCAGAUGUUCAAGCAAGCUAUAUGCGAGAAGUGAGGGAGAGAAACCAGCUGGCUAUUCUGCACAAGAUGCCGCGCAGUCAAGUCAAGAUGCAGAGAUCGUACACAAACUACACGGAUUACUCUUCCAUGGAUGGAGUUUGUGAGUUGACACUGCGUGUUGAUAACUAA